GGAGAUAAAAAAAUAUACAGUAUUUAGUUAAAAAUAACAAUUUAUUAACUAAUAGUUUAAACUAAUUUAAAAAAACAAUGCAAUUAUUAGCAACUGUUUUAAUUAGCUUUUUAUAUAUAACUUUGGUUAUUAGCGACAGAUCGGCUGAUAUUCAAUGUCUGAAAAAUGGUUCAAACACUUUGGUGGGAAAGUCGGAUCAGGAACUGAUUGAUUUGACACAACAGAACCUACAAAUUGGUGAACAAAUGGUACUCAAGAGGGCCGCCAUUGCCAAUGCCAGUGGUCUGGUAUGUUAUCAACAAUUUUACGACAAUUAUACCAAAGGUCUGGAGGCCAUACUGUUGGGCGCAAAUGAAAUCAAACAGUUAGACACUGCCAGUUCACCUCAGGUCAGGUCGGCUGCCGUCAAAGGACUGGCAGGUAUUACGCAAGGCAUGCGAUGCGAUGAGGACUGGAGGGCCCAACACUUCAACGAAACAGUCAAACAGGCUACCUGUUCAACACUAGAAAGGGUGACAUUAUUUGGUAUGGAUUUGCUUAAAUUUAGACCUAAAUUGGAGCUACUAUUGGGCACAAUGAAGGCCGGUAGCUUUGGUUUGUCAUUCAAAAAUAAUGUUAUGUCAAAAGUGGUCGGCGAUAUUGCCCAACUCUACCGAACCAUCUAUACUGACGCUGAACGGUGUUCACGAAGCCAACCAAACGUUGCCGACCAGUGCCGUAAUCUCAAGAUGUUUGUCAUUGAGUUGGACCGACUAAGCUAUUUGGCAGGUGUUCAGUUACAGGCCAACCUGUUUUAAAUCAACAAUUAAUAGCGAUAUUUUU